AUGAGUGCUCUAAUCCCCCGGCGGUGCCGCGCCCACCGCAGGGCCUGCCUCCUCGCCUGCAGGCCUGCCAUUCUACAGCACCGCAACUCGCACGCACCCCUCGGCGCUCAUCAAUGGCGCGCAGCUCACAAGCAGGUACAGCCUCGCCGUGGCGAAGCUCGACCUCCGGAGAACACGCUACUCAACCCGCCGGCCUCGACUCGACCGCCGCCGCUGGACGUGCCGCCGCGGAGCGCAUCCGAUUCCACAGCACAGUACCUCUUCCAGCUAGGAAAGGGCUAUCUGAAGUUCUACAAGGACGGGCUGAAGGCUGUCCUCGCAAACCGCAGGCUGCUAAAGGAGAAGCUCGAAAGGACGCCGGCAGACGACCGUCCGUCGGUGCUCAGGCCUCACUACGUCCCCAAGACCUUCUCCCGCGCCGAUUGGGUUCUGCUGUGGCGCGUGCGGCACGACAUGCUGCGGCUGCCGCUCUUCGGACUCAUGCUGCUUGUCAUUGGGGAGUUCACCGCCCUGGUGGUCAUCUACGUCGACGGCGUGGUGCCGUAUACCUGCCGCAUUCCAAAGCAGCUGUACUCGGGCCUGCAAAAGGCCGAGGGCCGGCGCAGGCUCGCCUUUGACGAGCUCGAGGCGCGGUACCCCCACGGCGUGCUGAGCCCCCAGAUCAGCGCGCCCGUCGCCAGAAAACACGUCCUCAGGAGCUUGCACCUCUCGGGCAUGAUGUGGGACCGGCUGGGCUUCACGCCCCCGGGGAUGUGGCAGGUCAAGGGCAGACUACGAAUGGCGUUCCUCGAAGGCGACGACAAGAACCUGAUAGAGGACGGCGGCCCGAUGGGGUUGGAGACGGAGGAGCUGAGAAUUGCGUGUGCGGAGCGAGGCAUAGACGUGAUGGGCAGGAGUGAGACGGAGCUGAGGAGUUGGCUGGGAGAUUGGUUGAGGUUGACGGCGGCCGAGGACGUAUCAGAGCGGCGCAGACGCAUGACCACGUUAUUGCUGACGAGGCCGGAACACUGGCCCCAGCAGCGAAACUUUGCCGUUCCCGAUUGGGAGUUGUAA